AUGCGUUUCAAAAGAAGAGCCAAUGAGACCAGUCAGUCAUCGCCUCCCAGGUUCGGGAGCCAACGGACGGAAGGGAUCUUGGCCCGAUCUGGGGUCCUCUUCAGAGCGGUGGCUUGCCGGGACGGACACACCUUAACGACCACGGAUGAACAGAAAAAUGCUGUCCUGCGCUCUCCCAGGGCCCUUAGACGCGCCUGCCGAACUAUGUGGCCACACCUAUUUAUUUCACUCCUCGCCGCCUCUUGGUUGUCAGGAAGCCAGCUCAGAAUUCACCUCUCGACGGAGGCUAAAAGGCAGCAGCGCCUGCUUCCUCCUCUCAGAGAGAACCGGUCCGUCUGAGGAGCUGCCCUUGGAGAGAGCGAGAUGUCGUCCGUGCCCACCGGAACCUCCCUGCCCAGUGGCUUUUCGGUCCUGGCCUCCUUCCCUGACCUUCUCUUCAUUUUUGAAUUCGUGUUCGGCGGCCUGGUCUGGAUCCUGGUGGCCAGCUCGAGGGUGCCCCUUCCCCUCUUACAAGGCUGGGUGAUGUUCGUAUCCGUCUUCUGCUUUGUAAUCACCACGUGUUUGCUCUUCUUGUACUUUAUGGGAGCUCAUGGUGGAAACCCUUCCUGGAUAACCCUGGACGCUGCUUACCAUUCGAUCGCCGCUCUGUUCUACCUCAGCGCUGCCGUGCUGGAAGCCACUGCCACCAUCAGUCUCUCAAGUUUCAUUCCACCCUCAGUUUACCAGGAAAAUAUCUCUGCAGUGGUAUUCGCCUACGCAGCCUUGCUGACCUAUGUGAUUCACGCAGUAUUCUCCUUACGCAGAUGGAAGUCUUCAUAAAGCCUCCCGGAGCUUUCCCGGGAAGUUCUUGGAACGGCCAGCCCCCUCUCCCCGACCCUAAAUUCAUGAACAAUCAGGCACUCAAACAGGGCUCGUUGGUUUCCUCUCGGGGUUGUUUUUCUUGUCCCAUGUAGCCAGGUGGAGGGAACCGGGGACCCGAUGUAUCCGUCCCCCUCUUUCUUGACAACCUUUCUUCACUGUUAUUCCCUCUUGGUGUAGUUGAGGGGUCCAAGUCCGGGAGCACAUACCUCCCUGUACUAGACCCACCCAAAACAUUUUUAUCCGUGGCCUCUUGGGUACUUUCAUGUCUUUCGGAUGGCCCAGUCAGCCCUGACGUCCACUCACGAGCCCAAGAGACGCACGAGUUUAGCCCUGUGAUCUGCCCGGCCCAGGACCCCUGAAGAAGCCAUUUACCAGUUGCCCUCCUGUACCCCCGCCUUCACCGUCAAAGAUGGACCAUCAAACACCCCGUAACUUUCUCUUCUAAUAUUCAUUCAUUCAUUCAAUCGUAUUUAUUGAGCGCUUACUGUGUGCAGAGCACUGGACUAAGCGCUUGGGAAGUACAAGUCGGCAACACAUAGAGACAGUCUCUACCCAAAAACGUGCUCACAGUCGAGAAGAUAUGCUAUCAUGGGCCUCACCUUCAUGAAUUCCUCCAAAUUCCUGUUGAACCAAAUGAUAUUUCCACCCCACAAAACUUUGGUAACAAAUCCACAGAUACUAGCUUUUUUUAAAAAAAAAUCCCCCUCUUCGGAAAGACCGCGAGGGAGGCUAUUUCAGCCCAUUACAGUUCGGACGCACGGCAUGCGUGAGAAGUGAUUCUCACAAAACCCAAGUCCUCCGGAAGCUCAGAUAUUUUUUGGCAUGAACCAGAUUGGAGGAAACUCAAAAUAUCAUCAUCUGAUGGCCAACCACUAGUUGUGAAACUUCAUUUUUUUUUUUUACGUCAAGGCGAUUUAUAGUAAAUAGUAAGUGUUCCUGAGCAUCGCACUAAACAAAAUGCUUGUAGUCCAUGUUGUCUAGUAGCACCUGCCCUCAAUGAGCUUCCACUUGACUAUGCCACUCUCUCUGCUACACAUGAGGCCCCUCCACUGACCACAUCUUCGAGAACAUCUUUUCUAGCGCAGUCCAGAGCGGCCAGAGCCAGCCGGAGGGCUCGCCAUCCUACUCUCACCUGCUCAGGGCCAGUAGGUUUCGCUGCCCAACUGAAAUAUUCUUGCGGCAAGGGAAAGGGCUGUGAGACGGUUCACUCUUCGGCGCCGCUUAGAUCCAGGUCGGAGACAACUCCUGAAACUGCGCUGUGGAUCUGGUGGGGAAGUUGAGGGGAAUAAAGUCAAU